CAGAUGUUCAAAGGAGCCACGCCGUCCACGGGUUCCCAGCGACAUCUGCCAGCUGCGGAGCGGCGGAGCGGGAUGGGCGCCCUGCUCCGGGAGAACGGGCUGUCCUACCUGGGCGAUCAGUGAAACGACUGGGAGGAAGCCUUUCUACAGUAUGGCCGGUGAAUAUAACGGCUGCCCGGUGAGGGACUGCAGCAUACUGUACUCCGGAGGCGGGGUUUGACCUCAUCGGCAGCCCCCGAAACAUCACUCACCCAGCAGCGACUCCGGAGCGCGGCGCAGCGCCUGUCCGCACAGCCCGUAAUAAAGCGACGCUAAGGACGCGAGUCCCGAAAACCUGCCGAUCAAUCGUCACAUCAUGCGGAUCGUCACUCAGGUCUAACUCGCUACGGCUCUGAAGUGAUUCAUGGAUCUCUGACUCAGACAUCAGAGAGAAAUUGCAGCGCAGCCUUGACUGAUUGUGUUGGCCGAGUCCGGAGGAGCGGCCGAAAGCAACUCGGCGAUAUUUCGAUCUGGCGCUCUUCCCGGGCAUUGCUAAUUUUCAACUCAGCAGUUUUGGGCAAAGGGUGACACGACGUUUUAGCCGGGAACCUCGUCCAAAACUCUCCUCCCGAAGUGAGUGAGAUUACGGCAUGCCAGGCGAUGUCCUUUAUUGACUGGCAGGGGACGGAUGAUUGAAAUGUGACCUCAUCAAAACACGCAGCAGAUCCAGGGCUAUCGAAGUAAAAUGCUCAAGGCUGCCAGGCCGAAGCCUGGACAUGACCCUCGCUGACACCCCCUGGUUCAGAGGGAUGCAGUGCAAUGUCUGUACAAGCCCACAGCCCCUUUCCUAUGUGGCUGGACACAGGAAGACGUGGGAGGGGGACCGACAUUUGGGAUGGAGCCUCUGGGUGACACACAGCCGUGGUCUUGAGCCCCGGAGCCGCCACCCAGACCUGCUGUAGCUAUUCUUGGCUGCUAAAGUUCACCGCCACCAGCAGACCUCGUGGCCCCUCCAGAGAGGGAGGGGUGGAUACUGGUAAUCUGUCACAAACCUUCCUUGGAUCCUCUUUGCUAAUGUCCCCCUCAACGCCCGGCCCAGACAUACCAACAGACCGGCCUGUUUGCGCCGGCCAUUGACUCUGCCCCCACCAGGGAUACUCUCUCAUGGCAUGGGUCAAGCUCUUCAAGAAGCCAGUGAGCGACAUCGGCAAAUCCUACCAGCCAGGAAGUAUGGUGUCUUUGGCUCUCACCAAGGGUCUGCUCAAUGAGCCUGGGCAGAACAGCUGCUUUCUCAACAGUGCUGUGCAGGUGUUAUGGCAGCUGGACAUCUUUAGGCGGAGUUUGAGACAACUCCCAGGACACUUCUGUCUUGGGGAUGCCUGCAUAUUUUGUGCGUUGAAGAGCAUCUUCACGCAGUUCCAGCACAGUCGGGAGAGGGCGCUCCCCUCGGACAACCUGCGCCAUGCCCUGGCUGAGACCUUCAAGGACGAGCGGCGCUUCCAGCUGGGCCUAAUGGACGACGCGGCCGAGUGCUUUGAGAACAUUCUUGAGAGGAUUCACUUACACAUCGUUUCUGACAUUGGAAUGGAAACCUGUACAUCAAAGUCCUGCAUCACGCAUCAGAAGUUUGCCAUGACUCUCUAUGAACAGUCCGUGUGCCGCAGCUGCGGGGCGUCCUCGGACCCGCUGCCGUUCACGGAGCUGGUGCACUACGUCUCUACCACAGCCCUCUGCCAGCAGGUGGAGUGUGUGCUGGAGAAGAGCGAGAGACUCCGGCCCGACACAUUUGGGGAGCUGCUCCAGGCGGCCAGCACCACCGGGGACCUCAGGAACUGCCCGAGCAACUGUGGACAGAGCAUCAGAAUCCGCCGUGUGCUGAUGAACUGCCCGGACAUCGUCACCAUCGGCUUCGUGUGGGACACCGAGCAGUCCGACCUGACGGAGGACGUCAUACGAUCACUGGGGCCUCAUCUGAGCCUCUGUGAACUUUUCUGGCGCGUGGCGGACGAGAACGGCAGGCGGACCGAGCUUCUCCUUGUGGGAAUGAUCUGCUACUCCAGUAGACACUACUGCGCCUUUGCCCACCACACCAAAACAUCCCGAUGGGUCUUCUUCGAUGACGCCACGGUGAAGGAGGUCGGCUCCAAGUGGAAAGACGUGGUUUCUAAAUGUAUCCGAGGUCACUUCCAGCCACUCCUUCUGUUCUAUGCCAACCCCGAAGGCGGAGCCGUCUCUACGGAGGACGCCCCCCGACAGACCACCCUCUGGUCCCACCGUAAACUCCCCGUCAAUGGAGAAGCUAUGGCGAAAGCUCCUCCCACUAGUCCCAAAAGAAAACUAAGGGAGGGUCCCAAGGAGUGUACUCAGAGGCCGGGGGAGGUACGGACGCCACACCCUCAGAGGAAGGAGCUCACAAGGGGGCCGAGAAGACUAGACUCCCUGGCCCAGCGAGAUGCCUUCUCCGAGAAGAUUCACCCCCGCUGCACCUCCCCCCCGGAGAAUGCGGGGCACCAGCAAGCCGGGCCCAGGUCACAUGGCAUUCAGGCCAAAGGGGCCCCUCGUCUUGAGAGGACACAGCACCAGGGCCAGCCCAGCGAGUCCCACAUCCACGGAGCACCUCCCGGUGGCCACGGCCGGAAGUGCGAGGGUGAGAAAGGCCACGCCCGGAGCCGACCCUGGAGGCCGGUGCGGGAGGUGCUGAAUGUGGACAGCGUGCUGAGCGAACUGGAGCGGCGCCAGCAGCAGCAGCACCGGCCACAGCGCCGGCUUCCCGGCCCGGCUGUGGUACACUGCGAGCGGGAGCGGCCCCGCGCCAAGGACGAGCGCCGGCCCAACUGCCUCAUGACCAUCUACGAGGACGAGCAGAGGCAGGAAACCGCAAGCCACAGCUCUCUGGAGUCGGAGAGCAGGACCGGUCAGGACAAGGAAGGCCCAGAAGGGAGGGCCAACCCCAAACUGCGGGGCAGUUCCUGGGCAAUCCAGCGCACCGAGUCCGGGUAUGAGAGCAGCGACAGGCUGAGCAGCGGCUCCACAAACCCCGACUCUCCGGGCGUGGAGAGCUUCACGCCCAAUGAGCUGGCUGGGGUCACUGAGGACCAGCCGCCAAGGGGCGGGGGCUGUCACAGCAGAGCAGAGCAAGCGAAGACGGACAUCCUGCCUUCUCCCACACUGCCUGGGGGACAUCAGAUGAAAACUAAAAGAACAGAUUGCCACCUUCAAGAUGCCCACGUCAGCCGGUUUAGUCCAAGUUUAAGGAGAAAGUCCAGUGUCUCUCCCAGGAGCCCAGAAAGGGCCAGUGGCUCCGGUGGUGAGUCUGCAUCUCUGGAUGUGACACCGCGUGAAGUGACAGACAGGAGCCCCCUGACGCAGCAGCUGUCCAAGACCAGCAGCUCGGAGUGGAACAGCUCGGACGAGCUGACGGGCCCGGCGUCCGAGCAGGAGGACAGCGCCUACCGCUCCAGCAACAGCGAGGCGGCGCCUCCAGAGUCGCCCCGUCCGAGCCCAGUGCCCUAUCGCACCUUCCGCCUCUGGCCUGGCGAGCAGAGCCAGCCUCACUGCUGGCUGGCAUCCUCGCCUCCGCUUCCUGGGCGGCGUAGCCGUCAGCAAGCCCCGUUUCCUGAGGACGGCCGGACAGGGUAUCGACCCAGGCUGCUGCAGGAGCCAUCGCAAACCAGCCCCCGUCCCCCGGCCAAAACCCCCCAGGUCCACUCGCACGCCGCACCGGAACCCGUCUCACGGCAACAACUCGCCGGGUUCACCGCACAGAAGUCCGUCUCCACGGCGACCUCGCCCGACCAGGAGAGGAUGGAAAUACCCGCGCUUUGCCGUGACCCUAAAGUCUCGCUCACCACCUAUUUUUCCGUGGACAACUGCAUGACGGACACGUACCGGCUACGGUACCACCGGAGGCCCCACUGGAAGCCCGCUGCUGACCCCGGGGGCCGCGACCGCGGUGACUCUGCUGACACCAGCCAUCCUGUUCCAGCAGAGACCGUUCUGUCCUCAAACCUACCUAUAGCUAAGCCUGAAACAGGCUUUUCUAUCAGCAAACCCACCAUAAAAUGGAACGCGGUGACCCCUAGAGGGCUGGAUGAGCAUGGCUUCUUGUGACGAGAAACACACUGACUGAGAUAAAGUCUUUCGCAUUCACGUUUCUCGGAGGCGUGGCGCGGAGAACCACGUGCCGAACUGGAGGCCAAAGGGGAUGAAAUAAAAGCUUUCUACGGUUUCGCGUAAUAGCGGACGACCUCUGCGGAGCUGCAGGUCGCGCGUGGAGCAGAACAUACAGCCCCUGCGGCAAGGUGUUACGUCAGGGGGAGGAGGGGGGAGAGGAGAGGCAAGGCACUUUGUUAUGCAUCUUUGGGUUUGUUACGUUUUCAACCAAAAAUGGAAAAAGCCAAGCUCAAGACGAUUUUUUUUUCUAAGCCUAGUAAACAAAACACUCUGGAUCAGGGCUAGCUGUGACUCGCGCUUUGUUUUUAAGGUUUACCCGCACUUUAAGCUGUCGUUUAAGUAACUAACAACAGAUAUUUGCUGUGUCAGUCACAGGAAGCAGUGAGAUUCUUCUCGAAGAGCCAUAAUGAGAUGAAUUAUUUGCAGGAUCUAGCUACACAUUACUAGAGGGUUAACGAAUUGUAUUGUAAAGUACUCCGGCUGGCGGGUCGUGGGGGAUUAAGCUAAACAGCCGAAAAUAAGCACAUUUUACCAUCGCCUUUGGGCGUUUCGUUUAAAGAGCUGCAAUGCAAGCAAACAGCAGUAACAACGGCAAAGUUUGACGAAAAGUACGCAGUCUCUAAAAUCUAUAUUCUUGUUGCGUAAUUCACACUCCUCAGGGAGUGGACAAUGGAAUGGUCAGCAUGAUCCCACUAAUGAUCCCUUUCUGUAUGCUCUCUGUUUUGGUUUCUCCUCAUUUCCCAGAGUAUUCUUGAAGUAUAGUAGAGCAUUAAGUUAUUUUUUUUCACACCCUAAUAAAAUAUACUGUAGUGUAAGGCUCUUCUCUGUAAAUGUAGGUCUUGCUUUUUGCAUAAACACAGAUUUUACUCAGUAUUCAGAAGGAUUUGCACAGAAAUCGAAGAUGCCAUAAUCUGUGUCCUAAAUAAGAAAGAGAAUUUGAAGUAUUUUCCAGGCUGGACUUUAAUGAAACGCUGCACCUUUUUUACUUUCUGUCAUUUGCGCUUUUGUGUUGCAUUAUAAAAAGUGCUCAGGCAUGAAUUCUCUUUAUCUCUUUUUUCUUAAAUAUGUACCUUGUACAUUAAAUAUCCUGUGCCUUUACUUUUUCCAUGUACAAUAAAUUAAAAUCUAAUUUGUACCAUAACUUGUAAAAUCAUGUACAUAUACUCGGAAAUGCUUUUAUAUUGUUUAUUUAUAUUGUUUGAUAAACUGAAUUUUAUUCAACAUGUAA